AAUUCAGAAAUGAAAGUCAAAAUACAACUCUUAACUUAUCUCAUUGCUUCUGACAUUUAACAAGCUUUUGACAAUUCAUUUUUCUAUAUUCGCAUUAUUUAAUUCUUAUAUUUUGUUUUAACAUGUCGAACUCAAAUCGUAGUCGUACUCUUUUAAAAGGGUCUAUGAUAAAAGAGGACUCACCAGAGGAUGGGUUAUAUUCGCUGGAAAAAUUGCGCACGUCACCCGAACUAUGGCCUGAAAAAAUUCCUGGUAUAAGUAAUUUUAUUGCCAUGAGUGACACUCCCAUACGCACACCGGUACCGCAGUGGUCAAAGGACCUCUCACAGGAGGACAUAAAUGCUAUGAUACAACUUAGCAAUAUGCCCUUCAGUAAUCUAAUAAUGGAGAUCAAGAAAAUGUACGAUGAAGCCUAUCAAUUGGGUGUAUCGGAGGCCAAGGAAAUGACACGCGGCAAAUACUUGGGUAUUUUUAGCAAUGCUAAAAAGAAAUCCAUAUGAUUUAAAUGUACAUUAAAUUUUAGCUUGACUUAAAUAUUUGUAAUAUUUAUAAUUUUAAAAAUAAUAAAUUUAUACCAAAUAGUUUUAAUUGUGCAAACACUAGUAGACUUAUAUGAGUACAAAUGCAUUUAUAAAAAACAAAAUUAUAAAUAAAUAAACGAAAGAAAGAAUUGAAAACUUUAAUAAAAACGUGAAUGCUUUGCAUAUCAAUGCAAUUUUA